AUGGCUAAUCAGUUACAUCCCUUCCAAAGUGCAUCUUCACAGAUGCCUGCGCUUACCCUAUCCCCUGGCCAACUUUUCAUUCAAUCCCAACUUUGCACCAAACCAGAGUAUCCACCCAAGGAUCUCGACCUCGCCGGCCGAACAGCCAUUAUCACUGGAGCAAAUAAUGGCAUUGGUUUCGCAUGUACCAAACUCCUCCUUCAACAUAAGUUGAGCCAUCUCAUCAUCGCCGUUCGUUCUGAAGAGAAGGGCAGCGCUGCUGCUGAGCAACUCCGUCGCACGUUACCUUCUAGCAGUCCUCAGAUUGAUGUCUGGAAGCUUGAUAUGGCAAGUUAUAGCUCGAUUGAAGACUUUUCAAAGCGUUGUGAGACUCUGCCAAGGAUAGACUUUGUCUUUCUCAACGCUGGUAUGGGCGGUACAACCUUUAACCUGAAUAAGGCCACGGGCCAUGAGGAGACUAUGCAGGUUAACUUCUUGUCUACCAUGUACCUUUCUGUUCUUCUCUUGCCGGUACUCACGAGCAAGGCUCCAGCCCCGAAGCCAAGCCGACUCACAAUUGUCAGCUCUGGAACGGCCAUGCACUGCGAAUUGCCCGAAGCCAAAGCAGACCAUAUCAUAUCUGCUCUCGAUUUAGAAGCCAACUUUGAUGGCAUGGGGCACUAUGCCAAGUCCAAGCUCCUCGGUCAACUCUUCAUCGACAGACUAUCUCAACACGUUGACCCAAGCAAUGUUGUCAUUAACCUUGUUGACCCAGGCUUGACCAAGGGCACAGGACUGAUGGAUAAAAGCUCUGGUCUCAUGAAGAUCGUUAUGGCCAUGGGAACUAGGGUAGUCGGUCGUACACAGGAGCAAGCUGCCUCAGCCUACGUUGAUGCAGCGAUUGUCAAGCGAGAGGAAUCACAUGGGUCGUAUAUCAUGGACUGGAAGAUCUGCCCUAUUAUAUCACGUUCGCCGCCCCCCCGCACUUUAUCUGACAGGCCAUCUCCUCAUCUCAUCUUCAUCAUGAACAAAGUCAUAUCCGGCUCCAACGCUCUGGUAGUCGGCGGCACCAGCGGCAUUGGCUACGCAAUAGCCAAACGUCUAGCAACAUCUUCCAAUUACCAGUUCUCAUCAAUCACUAUCCUCGGCCGGACAAAGCCGCAGGUCAUGCCAGCUGAGAAAGUCUCCUUCCGCUCCGUUGACGCAACGUCCAUGCACGCUUUGAAAGAAUUUGCGCAAGAGUUUCGAAGCAAUAGCCAGAACACUCCUCUUGACCUUCUCGUGAUGACGCAGGGAAUCAUGUCAUUCGCUGGACGGACGGAAACACCUGAGGGGAUUGACAGGAAGAUGGCGUUGCACUACUACGGUCGUCAGCUCUUGAUUAGAGAACUCAGCCCCAUUCUUAGCCAUAAUGCGAAAGUUCUUCUCGUUCUGGACGGACUCAACGGUAGUCCUGAGAAGCUGAACUGGGAUGAUCUCGACCUCAAAGAAACCUUCAGCCUCGCUCACGCGGCAAACCACUGCAUCUGCAUGAAUGACACAAUGAUACAAUAUCACGCGCUUCAAAACCAAGGUUCCAAACAGUUCUUCGCGCACGGCUAUCCUGGAGUUGUAAACACAGCAACACCGAAGAACUCAGCUUGGUAUUUCCGAGCGGUGUCAAAGAUUGCUUCGAGAUUGGUUGGUCUGCAGCCUGAGCAGUGUGCUGAAAGACAACUUGAUGGACUUUACAAAGCUGCGGAUGAGUUGCAAUCAAGGGAUAUGUCCUGGGCUUGCAUCGAUAACCAUGGAAAGGUGAUUGGAGGGAAAAAAGAGUGGAGUGAGGAGGAGAGAAGGAAGAUUGCUGACCAUACUUGGGCUCUUGUUGAUCGGACAUGAGACAUAAGAAGCGAUGGGUAGAACACUUUAAUGAGAAUGAUAUGUUCAAG